AUAAGGUCCAGGGUGGUUAGGACGAAAUCUGGAAAGAGAAGUAACAAAUCACGAGUUUUUGUGAUUUCUACAAGAACUAUCUUUUGCAAGAUUUGGAUCCGGAUGCAGGGUGGCAUCUUCUAAAGUAUCCAAGAUCUCCCCAGAUUGCUGUAAAGAUGCCUCGCCCUGGGAGAAAUACCUACAGUGACCAGAAACCUCCUUACUCCUAUAUUUCACUCACAGCCAUGGCCAUCCAGAGCUCCCAGGAAAAAAUGCUGCCACUGAGUGAAAUUUACAAAUUCAUCAUGGACAGAUUCCCUUACUACAGAGAAAACACGCAGAGAUGGCAGAAUUCUCUGAGGCACAACUUGUCUUUUAAUGAUUGUUUCAUCAAGAUUCCUAGGAGACCUGAUCAACCUGGCAAGGGCAGUUUCUGGGCACUUCAUCCCAGUUGUGGGGAUAUGUUUGAGAAUGGUAGCUUCCUGAGGCGUAGAAAAAGGUUCAAGGUUAUGAAAUCUGACCACUUGGCCCCUACUAAACCAUCAGAGGCAGCACAGUACUUACAGCAGCAGGCAAAGCUGAGACUGAGCGCAUUAGCAGCUUCUGGGACUCACCUGCCACAGAUGUCCACUUAUAACUUGGGGGUCUCCCAAACAUCCAGUUUCAAGCAUCCAUUUGCAAUAGAAAAUAUUAUCGCAAGAGAAUAUAAAAUGCCAGGAGGACUAGCUUUUUCCACAAUGCAGCCAAUGUCAGCUGCAUACCCUCUCCAUAACCAAUUGACUACAGUUGGCAGUUCUAUUGGCACAGGCUGGCCACACAUGUACAGCUCUAGCAUGAUAGACACAACCACCCCCAUAUCAAUGGCCAACAGUGAUUACAGUGUGAGUGCAUACGGGGUGCCCCUAAAGCCGUUGUGCCACGGAGGACAAACUUUACCAGCUAUCCCAGUUCCCAUCAAGCCUACGCCUACAUCCUUGUCAGGGCUCCCCGCACUCCCAACCCACAUUCCAGCUAUUCUCUCGAACAUUUCUCCCUCACUAAGUCCAACAUCCCCACAAACAGCAACCAGCCAAAGCAGCCCAGCUACCCCCAGCGAGACUCUAACCAGCCCUUCUGCUGCCCUACUCUCUGUGGCUGUGCACUGA